AUGUCGGGCCUCUGUCGAAUCGUCUUGCUGAUGUGUGCGCUAGCCGCGAGCCAGCUGCAGCUGGUCCAGGGCCACGGUAUGGUCCUCGACCCGGUCAAUCGGUCCAGCGCCUGGAGGAAGGGAUUCAAAGUGCCGCCCAACUACGAGGACUCGGAAAAUUUCUGCGGUGGUCUUCAGGUGCAGCAUCACAUGAACGGAGGCAAGUGCGGCCUCUGCGGCGACAAUUAUGCCUUGGCCCAGCCUCGGCCCAACGAGAACGGUGGCAAAUACGGACGCGGAGUCAUCGUCAGAUCUUACAAAGAGGGCCAAGAAAUAGAUGUAAAGGUGAAAGUUGAAGCCAACCACAAGGGCUACUUCGAAUUCUCCCUGUGUCCGCUCUCGGACGGCAAGCAGCUCGAGAGCGAGGAGUGCUUCGACGCGCAUCCCCUGAAACUGGCCGACGGCUCGAGUCGUCAUCGACUGAGCGGCACACCCUUCCAGUACGAGGUCGACCUGAAGCUCAAGCUGCCCGAGGGCCUCAAGUGCGAGCACUGCGUCCUCAGGUGGUACUGGAUCACCGCCAACAACUGGGGCACCUGCGCCGAUGGCAGCGAGGCCCUCGGCUGCGGACCUCACGAGCAUUACCGAACCUGCUCGGACAUCAGGAUCGACUGA